UGAAAACUUCUUGGUCUCACAGAGGCGUCCAAGAUACUAUACCUCUUCGCAAUGCUCUUAGCCAAUUCCAUUCUUGUUGCAGUCGUUGCACUCGGCCCAGGGUAGCUGACCCCAGAUAUGAUAAGAUAAGGAAUUCGAGAUAAGAUAACGACAGCGGUGUCGGACAUCUGUUCCUCACGUGAUUGGUGAAUUUUCUCCAGCCGCGUAACAAUUUCUACAAAUCACGCGUAAAGUGGUUGUUAUUUCGGCGACACUAAAUUGGUAUUGUCCUCUUGUUGAUCUCACAGGCUGCUGAGAGACUGUUAUAGUCGUCAUGUCUUCUGAUGAGGGGUCCCAAAAUGCCUUGCCGAAAGAGCUCAUGGAGCUCCAAUUAGGUCAAAUUGACCUCCUCGUGGCGAUGUAUGCGGCGGAUGACGCGAUUGCCAUGGACUCUACGGCGUCUGACUUGAUUGACAGGCUGAGGGACUGGUGUGAAAAUGACGGGGAAGCCACAUCAAAGUUCUCAGAGACAGUCAUAAAUCUCCAGCUUAGGGUCGAUGUUGAAGAGGAAGAUUCUUCAACAAGAACUCUACAGCUCACAUUGACAGUGCCUUUGAAGUGUCAAAAACUAGAUGAACUAACAGAACCGCCGCCAAUAAGGACCAGGAUACAACAGUCGGAUUGGAUGAGCAAAGGAGAUGUUGCAAAGUUGAACACUGAGAUUCCUGAAGAGGAUAUCCUUUCAGUCAUCGAGCAUGUCAAGGAGGCCGCCUCUGAGCAUAUCUCAAGUUUGAAGCAAGCGGAAAUUGCAAAUACCCCAAUAGCAGACGCAUCAUUAGUCCGAGUCUGGUUCUACUUCCCUUCUAUCAGCACAAGGGCAAAGCGAGAUGAUUUCGUCAACUAUGCGCCGACCUACGGACUCACUGGCUUUCUCCUAGCUGGCAAGCCAGGUAUUCUGUGUCUGGAAGGGGGAUCAGUUGCGGUUGACGACUUCAUGAAAUUCAUCAAGACAGAGAGCUGGGGCGAUAUCCCAGCGCAUCACAAAAAGGUCAGCGAGAGAUAUCGAGAGGAAGCGGUGGAUCUGAAGCGUGCUUUUUCGGAUAUGCAGGAGAUCACGGAUAUGAUUGAGAAGAGAGGUGCGAGGGGAAACCGUGGUGACAUGAAGGCACUAGAAGCGUGGCUGGUUGAGUGCGGGCUUGGUGAAGCGUUUGGCAAAAUUCUGAUGUGAAUAUCAGCUCUCGAAAAGGCAGCCAUAAUAUGCAAGAAGCAUGAAUGAACCAGGGCAGACUUUGGCCAAGGGUGGAUGUUGAGAGACUCAACACAGCAUGUUAUCCUUUGCAUUCCAUUCUUUGUCUUCUGCAUCGUGAACAAUUGCAGACCGUCUGAUCUUGCUAUCGUGAGAAAGAAAAAGACUAGGAUGUUAUUGACUACUUCAACUUCGUGAGCUACACCGGUUCGAAGCUGACGUGAAUUUACCGUGAUGUCUUUCGUUGUGGUUCACAGAUGCAGGAUGCGAAGAGGGAAUAUAAAAGCACUAACUCUUAAAGAAUAUUCAAUCAUCCAAACUCUAGCACACUUAGGACAUUUUAUAUCACGAUGUUGGCUGCG